AUGAUGGUUGGAUUCAAAGAGCCUGGGCGCUUUGAGCUACCACAAGGUUCUUCGCUGUGUCUUGACUGGCCCCACGCUUGUCUGCGCUCGUCCUCGUUGCUGCUUGCCGUUUCUGUUCAUUGCUCUCUCGUUUCCAACCAUAUCCUUUUCACUGUUGACGGCGGUGCCGUCGCCCUCGUUGUCUCUCAAAGACCCGCCGUCACACUCCUUGAUGAUCUACACGCCCGCUCGAUGCCCCCUCGUCCCUCAGCUACUCGCGGUCAGCGUCCCUUGUCCGCUAUUUUCAUAGGGUCGCUUGGUUCUGCAUCGACCCCACCCGACCUACCCAGAUUACCAGAACCUCCUAGUCCGGAGGGCUCUCCCGGUCCAUCGACUCCCUCCAAGUCUGGUCUACCCUCACCUCCCGCGACAAACUCCAGUGGAAGCGGGAACGGCAGUAACGGCGACGACUCCACCAACGGUGGCAGCAUACGAGAACGCAAGUCCCAGAGACCUUACUCGGUCUCGAACGUAUACGACAUGCACCAUGGCCAUGACAAGUCCUACACAGACUCAACCAACUCCACCAGCAACCCCCUCUCCGACGAAGAAAAUCAAUUAAACGAUCACGAACGCGACGAAGAUUCCACGGCUAGAUACGAUUUACACCGCAGUGACUAA